UACUGCAAUAAUACUUGCCAGGACAUUCCUCUUAAUUACCAUAAUUUUUUAAUUAUUAAGGGAUGAAUUCGGUUGUAGAGAGUGCGGAGAAUGACAAACAUCUUAUUAUUUUCGAUACCUCGAAGAAUGAGAGAAGACUCAAUGAAGAAUUCAAGGUUUUACAGAGGAAGUUGAAGCAGAAGUGGAAAUUUGUCGAGAAUAAUGAAGUAUUAUCUCAAGAGACUCUGGCCAACGGCGAAGUCCUGGUACUCGCCGAGCCGCGGAGCAAAUUCACAGAACUCGAGAUGAAUUCAAUCAGAGGAUUCAUUAAUGGUGGAGGGAAUGUUCUGGUGAUGCUUGGCGAAGGGGGAGAAAACAAAUUCAAUACUAAUAUCAAUUUUCUACUCGAAGAGUUCGGAAUCAUGGUGAACAAUGACUUUGUCGUGAGAAUGAAUUACAAUCAAACACUCCAUCCUAAGGAGUGCACGAUCACUCAGGGUUUAUCGAACAAUUCGAGAUUUGUACAUAAUCGCGACGACUUCACGCGCAUGAAUUUUAUUUAUCCUUAUGGGGCGACCUUGAACGUCGUGCAACCUUCGAUAGUGGCCCUGUCAACGGGUACCCUAGCCACCCCGAUGAAUAGACCAAUUUGCGCCUAUUACUCGUCACCCACGAGUGCAGGAAAACUAGUCGUUCUGGGCUCCUCUCGCCUUCUGACUGAUUCCUACAUCGAGAAGGAGCAGAACGAUGCCUUGAGAGACAUGAUUUUUCAGUUCUUCCAGUCCAAGGAACAAGUGUCCCAGAAAUUCCAUGUGGACGAGAUUGAGUAUCCAGACUACACGUACGUCCCGGACAUCACUAUAGAGGCGGAAAACCCAAAAGUCUGCACUCAGGACCUCGACACCAUCGACAUACCCCGAGAGUACACGAAAUUAUUUAAACAUCACUUCUACUCGAUUAAUUUAUCGAUGGUCCCUGAAUGCAUCAAGGCUUAUGAAGUACUCGGAGUCAACCACGAGCCAUUGACGCUAAUCAGGCCACAUUUCGAGACACCAUUGCCACCCACGCAGCCCUCAGUAUUCCCGCCAAGUUUCCAAGAGCUGCCUCCCCCAGCCCUGGAGCUCUUCGACCUCGACGAGGAAUUCAGUUCCGACUUACUGAAACUAUCGCAACUAACAAAUAAAUACAUGUUAUCGAAGGGUUCCUCGGACGAGUCUGAGCUCGACUACUACAUUCGCGAGUUCGGCGAGAUAAUCCGAAUAAAUACCUCAACAAUUCCCACCUCCAAAGAAGUGCUUAAUCACGUAUUCCAGAAAUUAAGUAGCUACAAAGCAAUGCAUAAUUGA